AUGUGUCAGGGAGCUUCAUCCUCAGGUCUGCACAGCAAGAGGAGGCUCUUCAUCGUAUCUGGUACGCUCUCAGGAGGUGGCGACUCGUCUCCCGGCGGAUCGUCCUUUUCUCGAUGACGGCUUGUUCGUCGAUCAAUCGGAGAUGAUUUACUUGAUGGAUUCGCGAUCCUUUUAUCGUAAAUCAUUCAGCAAUUUUAGUAGCAAUGCUCCGCAAAUCGUGUUGACGAGAUUUUCGCCGAUGAUCUAGCGAUUCUCGUUGCUUAAUCCUUCACCAACGAUCUACAGGAAAGUCGCGAUAAUCAGAUAAAAAUAUAUGACUUUUGACUCUAGGAGGAUUCGAACCCGCGCUGGUUGUCCGCCCCUUCUGAGGAAGGUGUGACGCGAGUUUAGUCUCACAUCGGUUGUGUGUUGAUUUUUCGGGCGAAUAUAUAGUAAUGUUACAUUUCUAAGCAAAGUUCUUUCUCUUGCGUGUACGACCACUCCUUGCCCCACAGCCGGCUGGCCACCGGUGAUGUGGAAGGGGAGUGGCGCACACAUGCCCCUAUCGGUCCAAGCCGCUCGAGCCCUUGCUUGUGGCUACUCCCCGACUGAGCUUCCGACCCACUUGCGGGCCCGGCUGGCCAGCGGGUCCCCCUCAUUUUGUCUUAUUUUUAUUUUUUAUUUAUUUUUCUUCAUUUAUCUCAAAAGUAAGACUGUAAAAAUCAUAUAA